AUGAAGAGAGAUUCCGCUGCUUUUAUAGUAACCUCAUACGCUCAUAAAACACAUCUUGUUGUUCUUUAUGGCAGUAUAACAAUCACUGUUAGUAUGGCUAGACUUAUAUUGGCGAAUAUGAACCGAAGGAAUCAUCAUGUUGGCCUAAAUGUUGAGAACGGAGUGGUGAUCCUGGCGUUGCAGGAAGGAGGACGUUCCUGCAUACCCGGGAGUGCCCGGAGUGUUGGACAUUAUUGGGAAGACACAAAUUGGCAUAAAACACUGAAUCUGGCAUAA